AAUUUUUGGCGCGCGACCGUCCGCUGGCGUGUGAUCUUGCGCCUUCACUGCCUUCACCGUAUGCUUUGUUCACGUAGUCCAAAACGUUGAAACAUGCCAGACGUCGCUAGAAAACCGGGCGACGACGCAGACUUCGAAUGGAUCGGCGAUUACGAAGUGCGGAACCGCAGGAGCAAGCACAGAUUGUACAGCAAUUUCAAGCUUUCGGGAAGGACCUACGCCGUCGGCGACUACGUUUUGAUCCGCGAUGACGACAGCAUGGAUCCCGAAGCUCUUCGCAACUGCUACGUUGGCCGUAUCAAGAGCGCCUUCGACACCGGUGAAACGGAUGGAGACCAUCGGUUCGUCACUGUGGCCUGGUAUAUCCGGGCAAUCGAGCUGCCUCCUUCGCAACAGGCCAAGAUUGUCGACGUCGACUAUUUUCGUGAAGUGUUACUUGAUGAACGCAAACUCUGGUCCGACACGGUCGACAUCGAGACAAUUUUUGGAAAGUGCUCGGUGCUGACGGUGCCUGCUGGCGUGUCAUCCAAGGCUGUCUUCGAGAUGGUUGAUAGCAACGGAAACCCACUUUUCUUCUGCCGGUGGAAAUAUGACGGUCAUGGCAUCACCCCUGCGCUCGGGCCUCCAUCGCCUUCCUCUGGCAAAAAGUUAUCGUCGAAGGGAAGCACUCCUUCGUUGUCUCGAGAGCAGUCCCUGAGCAACACACCACGCCGUAGCAUCUCAACACCGAUCCGCAAGCAAGCACAGUUGAGAGGGGCGACCCCGUCGGCACGGCAACGAGAAGGCGUAUCGGUCACUCUCGAGGAUGUGCGAACGGACUUUCCAAGCCCAGUCAAAUCACAGUCAUCGCCGCACAAGCUGCUUCUCGUGUCGCCGAUUAAGAUGCGUAAAGAGUGUGACACUUGGAACUGCCUCCAGAAAUCGACUCCUCCACCGCGGAGCCCCGGGAAACGCAAAACCACCACCGAGACAGAACUGCUCGAAGCAAGCUCUUUCGCAUCGCCGGUGACACUCCGCAACCGUGACCUCGGUCUCUUGCACGACGACGUUUUUGCAACACCGCCGCGCAGUGCCGAUUUUCAAGUCGUGAUGCGGCAUCGCAAGUGGCACACAGAACCCGGAAAAGCAGCGUCACGCAGCAACAGCACAUCAUGUUCACAGCGGGAACAGCACGAACGCAAGUUCUCGCGGUCAGGACGCUUGCUGAAAAAAAGUUGGCGGCACUCAUUCGAUAGUGAUGAUGACUCCUCAAGCGAGUUGCAAAAGCAGACGACGCCCCACAGCAGACGCAAGCUUGACAUGAACGCGGCAUCCGGGAAGGUGGCUGACGUAACCAUCGAGAAGGAACAUUCCAGCACCAGUGACGACAAGGCCAUUCUACAGAAAAGCCCAUCGCUGAGGGACAGUGAUGCUGCAGUCGUCGCUGAAAGAAAGAAGAGCCGCUCAUCUCGAAGGAUUCGAAAAAAUACCCUGGAGCUGUGCGCCAAGGCAACCACGACACCACGCAGCAAAAGCCGGAGCGUGGCUUUCUCAGAGAUUUCAGACAAGGCACCAAAAGUUGGCUCAUGCGCAUCCCCAGUGUCAAGGAGUGAAAGAAAGGCGCGAUCCGUGGUUGACGAGUCUUGCGAGGCGACGCCACCCCGCAGCAAGACGGCCGAUGACGCUCGGUUACCUCGGGCCACGAAGUCUCACACAGAACCCAGAAAAGGCGCAGACGCCGGCACCCUCACUCCCAGCAGACCCGCAUCGACUAGGUCUGGCCGCAAAGUUAGGAGCGUUCGCUAUACCGAAAUCUCCUACUCCGAUGACGACGAAGUCUUUGCAAGUGAGGCGGACCGGAAGCAGACGCCACGGAGCAGACGGAAACUCGACCUUGAUGCAAAGCUGAAGAAGUUGCAGCUCAACACGGGCAAGGACUGCGACACGAGCGAUGAUGACGACCCAAAUUUUGACGAAGUCUUCGCACGCUCCUUAUCGUCCAGUGAGGAAGAGGACGAUGACUUUCAGACGCCAACAAAGAAGCAACAGAGAAAGCCAUCCUCACUGCGAACUCCACGCACAUCCGCAAAGAAAUCACUCACCGGAACACCGCGGACUCCGCGGACUCCACGGACUCCGCGAACACCACGGACUCCACGAACCCCAAGAAUGUCUACACUGUGCCUCACUCCAUCUAUUCCAAAGAGAAGUCAGGCUGUCGAGGGACCACAGACACCACUUGACAUAGCUAAGUCAAGGCUACAUGUGUCUGCCGUGCCGACCUGCCUUCCGUGUCGAGAGCAGGAGUUUGCCGACAUCUACUCGUUUGUUGAGGGCAAGCUGCAAGAUGGCACGGGAGGGUGCAUGUACAUUUCGGGCGUGCCUGGCACAGGCAAGACGGCCACCGUUCACGACGUCCUUAGGGUGCUGCAAGAGUCCGUCGAUGGCGGCUACAUCCAGCCCUUCAAGUUCGUCGAGGUUAACGGCAUGAAGCUCACCAGCCCCGCACAGUGCUACACUCACAUACUCAGGGCAUUGACCGGAGAAAAUGCAACGCCAGAGCAGGCGGCGGAGCUCUUGAGUCGUCGUUUCGAGCGACCCGGUCCUCGGCACGAUCCGGUUGUCCUUCUCGUCGACGAGCUUGACCUGCUGUGGACACGCAAGCAGCAAGUUCUCUACAACCUGUUCGACUGGCCCACCAAGCCCAAGUCCAGGCUCAUUGUGCUGACCAUCGCCAACACCAUGGAUUUACCCGAAAGGCUCAUGUCGAAUCGAGUCUCGAGCAGACUGGGAUUGACCAGGAUGACCUUUCACCCCUACAACCACAAGCAGCUGCAAGAGAUAGUGUUGUCCCGCAUGCAAGGUCUGGAAGCUUUCGACCCCGAUGCGGUACAGCUUGUUGCGAGAAAGGUGGCAGCAGUGUCCGGAGACGCACGGCGGGCGCUCGACGUCUGCCGCCGUGCCGCCGAAAUCGCGGAGCACUCAUUGCAUGAGAGUCCCAAGAAGACUACGCGGCACGUCGUCGGCAUGAGCCACGUCGACCGUGCAAUUCAGGAGAUGUUCUCGUCACCCAAGAUACUUGCCAUGAGGUGCCUUUCGCAACAGGAGCAGCUCUUCAUGCGAGCUGUAGUUGCAGAGUUUCGUCGAACAGGUGUUGAGGAGACUACUUUCUCUAAGGUCUACAAUCAGCACAUUACCAUUUGCAGGCUCGAAGGAGUGAAGCCCCCGACUUUCUCCGAGGUUUCAAGCAUCAGCUCGCGCCUGUCCAGCUGCCGACUGCUGCUGUCAGAGCUCGGAACAAACGACCUCUUCCACAAGAUCCAACUGAACGUCAGCGUUGACGAUGUCAACUACGCGCUCAAGGAGGCAUAGCUUGACAUCCUGAAAAUAUUUUUAGUCAUCCGCAGUUUCCUUCUUGUUGAGGAUGGUGUCAAGUGGUGCAGCACUCAGCUGUUGCAGUCACACUUCUGUCGAUUAGCUCUCAGAGAAUCUCUCAAACAUCUGUGAGAUGGGGGUGUGUGUGUUUGCACUAUUCUGUAAUCUAUGCCAUAUUGUAUAUAUCAUCGCGACUCUUGUUUUUGCAUAUUAUGGAACUUGUUUCCAUAGUUUCCACUACGCGGUAAGCUCAUUCAAAACACGUUGCUCUAACCUCUCUGACCAGCAGAGUAGUUUGAGUGAACCAUCAAAGCACGUGAAACUACCUUAUACAAAUGACUGGGUCAUGUGACAUGCAACUUUUGAACAUGACUACUGGACUGUUUUUUUCUAGUUAGAUAACUUAGAACCAUGGAACCUAGGAAGUUUUUAAAAUCAUAUCAGCAUUAUUCAAAGUGAGCUGUACAGCUUUGUGCAGUAAGCAAACAAAUCAUGCUAAGUCAAUUUGAUGCAACUUGUCCUUGUUUGCUGUCACUUUUCUUUUAAAAUUUUUGCCUGUUGACAAGCUCAUUGUUUUGAGCUGUUUUUCGCGUCAGAAAUAUUUUCAUGUAUUUUUAAAAUUUCCGGAAACUUGGGCUUUAAUUAUGUGCUCUGGACUGAAACAGAUAUGUUCUCAUAAGAAAUUUGCUUCGAAAGUUUGAAUGCGAUUUGCUAGAUUUAAAAGAGAAUGGCUCAACUGCUUUUCAUUUAAUAUAGGUAGGAUGUCAAGUUCCAGCACUUUUGAAAACUGUGAUUUAGGUAAAACGAAUUCCUUUAAUUUACUUGUUGCUAUUACGUAUUUAAUUCACCAAAUUUACAAAAAUUGUUUUUAUGUUAGUUUAAGAAGUCUCACUGCAUCACUUUUGAAGGAAAAAGAAAUAAUGGGAUAGUGUUAAACCAGCUAUGGAUGUAAAUGUCGAUCUCAUCGAAUUCAGUGCCAUUAGCAGUUUCUAGCGAGACCUUUUCUUGUUUUUCAGUGCUUUUAAGCAAUUCGGCCAUGUUUGUGUUUGAAACAAAACACCCUCUGAAGAGCACAAACAUCUGCAACUGAACCUUUUAAUGUUAUGUAAUUGUCCUUGACGCAGUUAGUGUUUUGAAAAUUGUUUUAAAAAGUGAAUAGUGUUUAUGCUACUGUUUUUUAAGCUGUCUUUUACACUUCGCUGUUUUCUGACAUUCGUGCCCUGGGCUUGUGGUUAUUCGUGAUGUUUUGCUGUCUUAUGAAGUUUAUAGAAGCAACUUUCCAUUUUGGAUAAACCUGUUUUGAAGACAUUGUGGUUACUCGUGAUGUUUCGCUGUCUUAUGAUGUUUUAGAAGCAACUUUCCAUUGUGGAUAAAUCUGUUUUGAAGAUAUUUUUUAGAACAUUUUUAGAGCACUUUUUCUGUUUUUGAUGAAACCUCUUUGGCGAAUAUAUUUUUGAAGACUUUUUAUUUUGGAGUGGUGUUAGGCUUUAUUGUUCUUUUUAAUGACAUUCCACAACAUUAUCAGUUAUGGUUUUACUGUUGUGAAUGUGUUUUGAAGGCAGCAGAAUUAAGUUGCUUAUGAACUUUUUAAUGUAGCAUAGGUUACCUAGUUUCCAAAGUGUACAUGUUUGCAACAUUUUUCAAGCUAAUGAGGAGCUAACUUGCUUCACGACUUCUUAAACAAGCUGUUCUUGUUUGCUGUGUUAUGAUCACUUUGUGCGUGUUCUCGUUCAGCGCAAUUGCUGCCAUGCUUUGUUAUAGUACGCGCACAUAGAUUCUAUAUUUGCAUUUUUCAUGUGACCAUCGGCUACUCACUGCCAUGUGCCAUUUUGUCAUAUAAUGUCUGGGACACUUCUAGUCCAAACUAAGCAAGACAUGUGAUGCUGAUGUAAAUUUCCGAAGCUGUUUUGUUGCCCAGACAGUGCACGAUUUACGUGUUGCCUGUGAAUAAAUUUCAAGUCUCGAUGCACUUGCUUGGCUGGGCUCAUUUCUUGCAUGCUGCAAGUUUUUG